AUGGCGGUGGUUGAGUCUGAAAUCCAUCAAGUUCUUGUCAAAUUUCUUGAUGGUAAGCACAAAUUCUUAAAUUUCAAUACCCCUUCAAUCUCCAUUCCAACCCUCAAGCACCAGAUUCAGAGGAUUACUUCUAUUCCAUCCUAUCUUCAACUUCUCCUAUCCCACAACUCUCGCGUCCUCCAUGACCACCAAACCCUAGAUUUCAAUUUGGGUUCUUACAAGAAUACCCAAUUCCCCAAAACCCUAGAUUUUGAUAUCAAUUCCCAAUUGCCUCAAGAUCGAAAUUUUAAUGGGUCCCAUGAUACGGGUUUGCCCGGAAAGUCUUUGGAUGGGUCUCGGAAUUUUCCUGUUGUGGUGCAUUUGUUGUUGCGGCUCAGGGGUGGGAAAGGAGGGUUUGGGUCAUUGCUUAGAGGAGCGGCUACGAAGGCAGGACAGAAGAAGACGAACAAUUUUGAUGCUUGCAGGGAUAUGAGUGGGCGGAGACUGAGGCAUGUGAAUGCAGAGAAGAAACUGGAAGAGUGGAGGGCGGAGGCGGAUGAGAGGAAGCUGGAGAAAAUGGCUGAGGAUUAUAUCAAGAAGAAGGCCAAAGAGGUGGUGAAAAAGGGUUAUAAUAGAAAGGGAGAGAGCUCAGAGAAGUAUGUGGCAAAGUAUAGGGAGGAUUCGGCUAAGUGUAUGGAGGAAGUCGAGAGGUCCGUUAGGGAGUCGAUUAAAGGGUUGGUGAGCCUGAAGAGAAAGAACGCGGUGGAAGCAAGUAAAUCUGAUUCCAAGCGGUUGAAGAUAUGGCUGGGAAAGAAGAAAUUGGAGGACAGUGACAGUGAGGACAUGGAUGAGGAUGAUGAUUAUGACAGCAAAGAAGAGGAGAAUGAGCAAUCCGUUGUUAUAGAUAAUGGGAAUCAUUCAGAUUCCAGUAAGGAAGCAGAGAGAAGUUCAGAUUCAGUUACUGGAGGGAAACCUGAUGCUGAUAAAAGUUAUUCUGGCGUUGGCUCUGAGGAAGAGGAUACAGUUGCGGAAGAGUCUUCAAAAUCUGGUAGAGGUCUGGAUGCUUGCACGAAUAACAGUGAUGGGGAACAUAAGAAUGAACCUGAAGUGGAGAUUCUUGAGGAAAGUGCAGAUCUAAAUGCAGUUGAAAAAGAAGUGCCUGAAGAAUCUCACUCCCACAAAGUGGAUGAACUCGCCUUUCAGCUUCCAGGUGUCUCCAGCUCCGAGGAAGAAGGAGCUUCUGCUAUAGAAGGGAGCAAGAUUACUGAUUCUGAACCAGUUCACGAAGAAUCGGUGUCUAGAAGUUUAAAAGAUUCUGAUGAGCUGCUGAACUUAAAUGGAUUUAAUUCAGCAGCAGAGUUGGAGGUACUUGGCUUGGAGAGGUUAAAAUUGGAGCUUCAAGCACGUGGAUUGAAAUGUGGUGGUACUUUGCAAGAACGCGCUGGAAGGCUUUUUCUGCUCAAAACUACGCCUUUGGAGAUGCUACCAAAGAAGUUGUUUGCAAAGAAAUGA